AAUGAAUAUGAAACCAAGUUUGCGCCACACAUGGCGUCCAAGAACCGACGCCAUCUAACGUCUGGCAUUCCUGUUUUUUUCGUGCGGGUAAAAUCACGGCUUUCUAUAGCGCGCAAGCCUUUAUCAUUUUGUUUUGUAGAAUUUGGUAAGUUAAGUGGAUAUCUUUGAUAAAUCGAGUAUGCUACGCGUACGCCAAAUGAAAUGUUAGCUGAGAAAAAGCGUUCACGCGUUAAAGAAAGUGUGUGGGAAAAUGAGUUAACCGUGUGUUAACGCGCAGUGAUCAACUAUCCGUGCAAGUUUAGCAAAGGAAUAUAUAUCCAUAUUCAGGACGUGAUAACGUCGAGUAUUUAGAAAGACGUAUUUAAGCAGUGAAAAAUGAGUGCAUCGGCCUUGAAAUCAACGAUACCUGGAGUAGGUACCUCCCCAACCUCUACCAGUCAUUCUAUUCUUCCUAUGACUGCAAUGGCACAAAAAGUCGUAUCAGGAUCAGAACCAGGAUCUAUGAAGCCUUUACCAGGAAGUGGAUUAAACUAUGUUACAUUACAACCACCCAGUCAACCUUUGAGUUUAGUACAAGAUCAUAGACCUUCUGUAUAUCAAACACCACCUUAUGUGAGCAGUAAUUCUGAAAAGGAACCAGACUUGGAUAAAUUAAUUCCUAAUGGAGUAGAGAUUAUGAAAACUGAGACAGAACAAAAUAUGUCUUUUUCUAUAAAACAGAGCGAAUCUAACAGAAAUAAUAAUUUAAGUCCAGAUAACCCUACACAAGAUUCGCAAAAAGAAGUUCAAACAGAACAAGAGAUGACAUCUAUCAAUUUAGAUUUCCCUGCAUUAUGUCCACAAUUGCAAAACAAAGUUGAAGAAAAGAAGACUUCUGUAAAUAAUGGUUCAAAAGAAUCUGAUGGAAUUCCGAUUAAUACAACUUUACAAACAAAAUUGUCAUCACACAAAUCAGAAGAUGCGUCAGUAAAACCUGACAGUCAGAAGACAAAAACUAUAACUCAAAAUACGAAACUUACAUCAGAUAGUUCUGCAUUACCACAAACAAAUAAUCCACCAAAGACUGAAACAAAGGUCACUGGUUCACCAAAAGCUAAUAAAAGAAAGUCUAGAGAAUUGAAAGAUUUAAAAGGAACAUCAGCAACUGCAGAUGGAGCAAGCAAGCCAAAAAGAAAUAGAAUUCAAACACAGCCUUAUCAAAGUCCCUUACCAGAAAUUGCACUACUUGUAAAAAAUUUAAACAAACCACCGCCAUCAAAAGCUUCCGAUGACAAACUUAUAGUAUUUUAUAAAAAUGAAUUUUUGGCUGUGAGAAAUGCAGAAGGAAGCUUUUAUGUUUGUCAAGCAAUGCAAAAUAUAUAUAAAUCUAGCAGGAAAAUUCGUAUACGUUGGCUUUCUCAAGAUAAAAAUAAUGGAGAAAUAUAUUCACCAGACUUUUAUGAUUACAUAGAUUUUGAUUGUAUAUUAACAAAUUUAAAUUUAAACAAAAUUGAUAAAAAUAAAUUCCAGCUAACCAAAAUUGAAUUAUUACGUACAGAAAAUAUUUUAAAAAGAGCAAUUGAUGUUGAAGCUGGUGUGUCUGAAAAACCUCGAGUAACGGAAGAACAUCCAGAUGGACUUGACCUUUCACUUUAUAAAGAUGAAUCACAAUUAAAGAAAAGAAAAGGUCACAACUUGCAUAAACAAAAGCAAAGUCUACGUAAGAAAUCAAAACGAGCUGAAAGCUUCUCUGAAGAUGGUGCUACUGAAGAAGAAUUAGGAAAAAAAUCACCUAAAUCAAAUCGCUCUAAAAAACGAACUAUUAACAAAAGUUUGGCAAUCGCAAAAUCGGUUGCAAAAGGAUCUAGUAGAGCGGAAAGAGCAUUGAACAGAAAUACGAAGUCGGGGAAUGAAACUACUGUUGUUACUACCAAUAGUAGUACAAUUACUACUACUACUACUACUACUACUGCAGUAACUGCAUCUGCAAUAUCAGUAGAUAAAAAUAAUACUGAUGUUAAAAAAAGUGAAAAUAAAAAGAGCACAAAACAACAGAAUAAUAAUAAUACAAGUGGAGUUUCAAGGACAAAGCUACGUGCAUCUGCACAAAACACUCAACAAAGCAACAAAGCAACAGGUCGUCCAAAGCGUAUGGCUGCAACCACAGGUAUUGCGUCGACUGAAGAAGCUGCUUCUCGAAAAAAGCCACGUGGACGAGCAUAAAAUUAACAUAAUUUACAUGUAUUUCCUGUAUUACAUCUGGAAUAGAAUCUGUAUCGUAGGCAAUAUGUACACGUAGUACACUCUUUAAAAAUUGCGAUCAAUUUAUAAUGUAAUAUAUAUGAUCAUAUUAUCUAUCAGAUGCUGCAUUAUAUUAUAGUCCAACAAUGUGGGAUCAACAAUUUAUAUAACAAUGCGGCAAGUCGCGUUUCGUUUAAACGAAAAAAAAAGACUCAGAGACUUAUAAGAGUGAUAUUGUGAUAUCAUACAAAAUUUGUACAUAUCGUCUACGUUUCAGAUUCCUACAGGAGAAGUCACGGAAUGUAUAUGGAGAAAUGGUACCUUGUUUGAGUAAUAAACUAUCUACAGGGUGUCACAUGCUAAUGCACUCUUGCAAUAGUCUAUUUUUGAUGUUGUGAGUGAACUGUACGUGAUUCAGUUGAGUUUAAUGUACACUUUCCAUUGGAUAUGAUAGCUAUGUACAAAUAUAUAUAUCUGGGGCUUAUAACGUACUCUAUAAAAAGAUGAAAACAGGUGAAAAUAGAGUACCAGAGAAUGAAAACAAUCCGUGAAUUAUCGAUCUCCAAGUUAUGGAUCGGUAGAUUUAGAAGUACAAUAUCUGUACAUUAUGCUGAAUCCUUGCUGUUUAAAAAAAUAGCAGAUGAAAUGGUCCAGCGCCUAUAUUAAAAACAGGCAGAGAAAAAAAGUGCCCUCAACUGUAAAUCUUUGUCCUGUUAUUGAAUCCAUGGAUUCAUAAAAGAAAGAAUCUUAUGGCUGGAGACGUAAUGUUUUAAUUGUAGUUUAUUUUUGAAUCAUUUAUGUCAGUGAAUUUGCUAAUAUAAUUCAUUGUUAUAAAAAAUGAAGAGGAUCAUAUUAAUUAUGGUGGUGUCAAAGUAUAAUUUAGCCACUUAAACAUAUUAUAUUCCUUUCUUUAAAAAAGAAAAAACAAAAAAAAACAAACAAAAUAGCACUUAUUUACUCUGAUAAGUCUGGAUUAAAAUGUAUAAACUUGCUUUAUCUAUGUAUUAUUUUAUUUUUACAAAGAUAUGGACAAAGUGUAUAUUUACUGAGAGAUAGAUGAUUAUGAUUUACACGUAUUCUUCACCAAAUCUAAAUUCAUAUAUUUUGACGUAGUUUAUAGUUUAUAUUUCAUUGGGGAUACAAAUUGUGUCAAUAUUGAGAAAGAGAAAUUAUGUGACUCAAUUUAUUACGAUGUAUAUUAGAUGAAGGUAUCGAGACAUGUAUUUGUUUUCUACAUUAUUAUGAUACGAUGAUACACCUUAUAUAAUUAUUUUGCGAAAAAAAGUCUUUCGAUUUUUAGAGAAACGUAAAUUAUAAUCGCCUUCUUUUUUCAUUAAAUAUUCGGUUGCCGAAGUUGCGUGCAUUUACUUAAUGCAUCGGCCAUUGAACAUUGCACAAACUUGAAUGAGAAAAUGAUUUCUCAUUUACAUGAUUUUAUCUAUGUAUGUACAUAUAAAGAUUAGGUAAUCAAAAUUGUGAAAAUGGAAACAAAUCUAUAUGAGCGUUUGGAAUCUUGAAGGCUAAUGUAUCUUAUUCAUUUGAUAGUGUAUUUCAAUUUAUUAUGUUGCAAUAUGUACUUGUGAAAGUUUUUGUCCUUUAUUUCAAAAGACAUUGAAUACAUGUACGAUGUACAUAUACUUCAUAAGCUUACAACGUUAAAGACAACUUAAGAAUGCCGUUUAAAUGAUCAGGCAUAUCGACUUCUAUAAAAAAUAGGAUAUAAUUAUAAUAAAUUUAAGAUGGAUUUAAUUCUCAAGAUAGGAGAUGAAUAAGAUACCAAUCCUGUCAUUGGUCCAUUGCAUAUUGUAUUUAAAAUAUACACAUACACAUACACACGCACACACACACACAUACACAUACACAUAAUGUAUAAAUUUAAAAUAUACACAAACGUAAUGUAUAAAUUUAGUAAAAGAAAAAAAAAAAUUCUAACGAACGAAGACCGAAAAUUUUGCUUAUAUUGUUAUUCGAUUUUGCUUUUAAAGCAAUUCUGGAAAUUAGUUGUAUAAUAUCGAGAUAAUUCAGAGGACGGUGCAAAUAAUUAUGAUUAAAUAUUAUCAUUAACGUCGAUGGAAGAUAAUGUAUAAUAUAUUAUAAUAUAUUAUAUAAUAUAUUAUAUAAUAUUAUAAUAUGUUAAUGUAUAAUAAAUUUUCAAGAUGAACUUCACUUUAUUAUUUCGAGAAGCGAAAUCGAUUACAACAUAUGACUCGAAUAAAUACAGCUCUCGAUAUUCUUCUCGUGAGCCACUUGCAAAUUUAAGAUGAGAGAAUAGUACGAAGGAAACUGAAUCGAAAAGCAAUGAUACAUUUGCGUGCGGGCUGAUAUUUGUUGAGGAUACUUAAAAAUAUAUAUUAAAUUUCAGAGACCGAAGUUUAAACGUGUAGACACUAGAUAAUUGACCAUUAAGAAGAAAUCAUCUUUCACUUUAUACACGAUGAACUAUAAACUUACACUCAUGUGUAUUAAUUUAGUAUAUAUGAAACAAUGUCUAUUCAAGCCAGUAAGUCCUAAAUUCUGUAUUGUCAUUAUCAUGCUAAAAAUAAUUUGUGUAUUUAAUUUUGUUUUUUCUCGUGGUUUUCUAAAGUAAGACUGAAAAUCGUUGUUCAAAAUUUAAGAGCUAAAGAUACGCUUGCUAUAUAAAAAUAUAUGUAAAAUUCAAAGUACAAAUAGUUUGUCAUGAAAGUAUCAGAUCUUUAGCUCCAAAUUUUAGAAACACCGGUUUAAAGUGUUACGUUAAAUAAGAUAUCAACUACCUCGUCAUAUAUGACUUAUUUCUUACAAUAAUGUAAAAAUUUCAAAUACGUAUGAUUUAGAGGGACCUUAUUUUGUUUGCAUUAUAAUUUACUUGUAUAUUACAUGCGAACACAUAACACUUGAUAUCAUUGUCUAAAAUGUUCUUUUCAUGCUACUUAAAUAUAUAAAAAUAACAAUAAUACAAGAACAAAACUUAUAUUUAUUAUUAUUUAUUUCAGUGAUAUCUUGUUAAACGGAUCUUCGUUAUUUUGAAAUUUUCACUUGCUUGACUUUUUUGCUUAACGAUAUCGAGUGUCGCAUUUUGUGUAAUUAAAAAUACUAAUCGUGGUCAGUUUUGCAGUGUCAAUUGUUUUUAUCUUUUGAACAGUGAUCCUCCGACAAGAUCUGUCCUAAAACACACGAAAUCUAUUAUUGGCUCUUAACUUCUAAGCACUGCUUCAAUGAAUUUGCAGCGUAUGUCCCUAAUUAAUCUGAAUGUCACGAUUGCAUUCUAAUUAUGUAAUAAGCACAUAAACCAUAUUACGCGUGUCGCAUUUAAAUAGACGUUUAAAUGAUUAAAUAAAAGCGAUCGUGCGAUUAUCUCUAAGUACGAUUCUUGUAAGAAUGGAUAUUUACAUAGUCGAAAAGUACAGCCCACAUGCGAAAUUAUCGAGCCAUACUUGAAACGCGUUGCUAAACGCUGCCUUUUUAUUUCGAGGUCACGUAAAUCAACACUUACUAUUCGUGGUAUAAAUAGUAAAUGGAUAAUCUUUGAUAUUUCGUAUAAAUUUAGUUGUCAUUUCCAAUUCGAAAACUGAAUCGAAUUUUUACAAAUUUUAUAUUAUUGUACAAAAUGUGAUAAAGACAAUCUUUUAUUAGCAUGAAGAUAUUGAGUUUAUCGAUAUAAGAAUGAUUUCAAUAUAAGUUUUAUUUUACUCGAGACGUUUUACUUGAAGAUUUUAUCUAAAUAUUCCGAUAGAAUAGCUGUAUUAAUUAAAUGUUAAAAUGUUGAAUUCGAUUCAUAUUUCUUAUUGAUUGACAACAUACGUAUUUAAUAAUAUUUGAUAUGGCCUACUCAGUACCUAAAAUACGAAUUAUUUGACCAGGAGUAAAAUGGUAGAGAAUAAAAAUUGUAUACAAAAACGCGUUUCAAGUAAAAUUGGUCCGAUCCUUUUGAGAUUCAUUUUUCUAGAAGUUAUUCUAUACGAGUUACAUGCGAUUCUACCAUUUGCAAGAAAUUUCUGAUAUCUAAUUGUACAACUAAUUACAAAACGUAACGAGGAACCUCUACUUGUCGUAUCGUGUACUGUUUCCUUUUGUGUACGUUAUUCCGUAAUUUUAUCAAAUUAAUUAAACCAUAAGCUGAUGAUGGUGCAAUCUAUAUGUCCCCUGUGAUUUAAGUUCAUGAAAAAUUUGAAGAAUCAGCGUUUUACAAAUAAUAAAAGAUAUUGUGAGUUUGGUGACCGAAGUCAGUUUUUAUUCGCGCUAUACCUGCACAAUUUUCAGGUGAGAUUUGCCUAGAUGCAAUGAAAGCGUGUACAACAAGCGCAGUGACACGAAAAGAGGCUAAAAAAAAAUGUUUGUGAAAUAUACGGUUUUUUUUUAACGAUAUUAAGACGAAAACACGGAGCUUUGUAUGUACAUUUUCACGAAUAAAAAUUUCUGUAAGUUA